CAUGUAGAAUAUGGCUAGCCGAUCUUCUUGAAGAUUUUGUCCAUAUAUAUAUUGGCUUCCCAGUCUCUCUUAAAGCUUACAAUCCUUUAAUUCUUCCGCUGCUGAUUUGGAUUGCAGUCUGUUCCAGUUCAGAGAUAGUAAAGAAAAUAAUGGAAAUGUUUUGUGGCAAGAACAAAAAGAAGCAGAUUCACAAGGCGGGUGAGAGCAAGAAGAUCAAAGGGACAGUGGUGUUAAUGAAGAAAAACGUGUUGGACGCCACUGACAUGAAAGCCUCGUUUUUUGAUCGGAUUCAUGAGUUCUUGGGCAAGGGUGUCUCCCUGCAGCUCAUCAGCUCUACUCAUCCCGACCCAGCGAAUGGACUGAGAGGGAAGCUUGGAAAGGUGGCAUACAUGGAGAAAUGGAUUUCAACAAUUACUUCACUGACGGCAGGAGAAGUUUUAUUCACGGUUACAUUUGACUGGGAUGCGUCCAUGGGUGCUCCUGGGGCAUUCAUUGUCAAAAACCAUCACCACAGCCAGUUUUACCUUAAGACUGUCACUCUAGAAGAUGUUGUUGGGCACGGCCGUGUGCAUUUUGUCUGCAAUUCUUGGAUUUACCCCCAACAUCGUUACAAAUACAACCGUGUAUUCUUCUCAAACCAGACCUACCUUCCAUGUCAAACACCUGAGCUGUUAAGGAAGUAUAGGGAACAAGAGCUAGUAAAUCUACGUGGAAAUGGAUCAGAGAGGAGGAAGUUUAAGGAGUGGGACAGAGUCUAUGACUAUGAUUACUACAAUGAUUUGGGAAGCCCAGGCAAAGGGGCAGAAUAUGAUCGCCCUGUUCUUGGUGGAUCAGAUGAGUAUCCCUAUCCCAGACGAGGGAAAACGGGUCGAAAACCAACAAAAAAAGAUCCCCGCACUGAAAGCAGAUUGCCACUUCUAAGUCUUAACAUAUAUGUUCCAAGAGAUGAGCGGUUCGACCACUUGAAGUUCUCAGAUUUUAUUGCCUAUGCUGUGAAGUCCCUAUUUCAGAUAUUACUCCCAGAGAUUAAAUCUCUAUUCGACAAAACCAUUAAUGAGUUUGACACCUUUCAAGAUGUACUUAAUCUCUAUGAAGGGGGUAUUAAGCUACCCAAUGGACCCACACUUGGUAAAAUUAAGGAAUGCCUUCCUUGGGAGCUACUGAAGGAACUCGUUCGCAAUGAUGGCGAGCAAUUCCUCAAAUUCCCAGUGCCUGAUGUGAUCAAAGAUAAUAAGUCUGCCUGGAGGACAGAUGAAGAGUUUGGACGAGAAAUGCUUGCUGGAGUCAACCCUGUCAUCAUCCGUCGCCUCCAAGAAUUUCCCCCAACCAGCAAGCUAGACCCUAAAAUAUAUGGGAAUCAAAACAGUGCAAUAAGAGAAGAGCAUAUAGAGAACAACCUGAAUGGGCAGACUGUAGAUCAAGCAAUCACAACCAGUAGGCUGUUUAUAUUAGAUCAUCAUGAUGCACUAAUGCCAUACUUGACAAGAAUAAACUCGACUACCACAAAGACGUAUGCCUCCAGAACCCUACUUCUACUGCAAGAUGACGGGACAUUGAAGCCGUUGGCGAUUGAGUUAAGCCUUCCACAUCCACAAGGGGAGCAUCGUGGUGCAGUCAGCAAAGUCUUCACGCCAGCAGAAAAGGGUGUUGAAGGCUCGGUGUGGCAGCUGGCCAAAGCUUACGCUGCUGUAAAUGAUUCUGGCUACCAUCAGCUUAUUAGCCACUGGUUGAACACCCAUGCUGUGAUAGAGCCAUUUGUGAUUGCGACAAAUAGACAGCUGAGUGUGCUCCACCCAAUACAUAAGCUUUUGCAUCCCCAUUUCCGGGACACAAUGAACAUAAAUGCCUUGGCUCGGCAGAUACUCAUCAAUGCCGGUGGUGUGCUUGAGAAAACAGUCUUCCCAGCUAAAUUCGCCAUGGAAAUGUCUUCUUUUGUAUAUAAGAACUGGGUGUUCACAGAACAGGCAUUACCUGAUGAUCUCCUCAUAAGAGGAAUGGCAGUUCCAGACUCGAGCUACCCCCAUGGCCUCAGACUUCUUAUAAAGGAUUAUCCCUAUGCUGCUGAUGGGCUGGAGAUCUGGUCAGCAAUAAAGAGUUGGGUUAGUGAAUAUUGCUCUAUCUACUACCCAACUGAUGACAUGGUCCAAGACGACUCUGAACUCCAAUCAUGGUGGAUGGAGAUCCGCAAUCAGGGUCAUGGUGACAAAAAAGAUGAGCCUUGGUGGCCUAAGAUGCAGACACAAGCCGAGCUUAUCCAAUCCUGCACCAUUAUCAUAUGGGUGGCUUCUGCCCUCCAUGCAGCUGUCAAUUUUGGGCAAUACCCUUAUGCUGGCUACCUCCCUAAUCGCCCGACAGUAAGCCGCCGCUUCAUGCCCGAGCCGGGCACCCCUGAGUAUGCAGAGCUUGAGUCAAACCCUGACUUAGCCUUCCUGAAAACAAUAACAGCCCAGUUCCAAACCCUCCUUGGUGUAUCACUGAUAGAAAUUUUGUCCCGGCAUUCAACUGAUGAGAUUUAUCUUGGGCAGAGAGAUACGCCUGAGUGGACUUCAGAUACUGAAGCACUAGCAGCAUUUGAGAGAUUUAGAGAGAAGCUGAUGACAAUUGAAAACAGAAUUAUAGAAAUGAACAAUGACAGCAAAUGGAAAAAUAGGGUUGGGCCAGUCAAGCUGCCUUACACCUUGCUCUAUCCUAACACCUCAGAUUACUCUAAACAGGGCGGGCUCACUGGCAAGGGAAUUCCCAACAGCAUCUCAAUCUAAAUGUCUAUUUUUGAAGCAGUUACCUUUUAGAAAGUAUUAGUGCUAAAUUCAAAGAUUUUCUGGUAGGUUUUUGUAUCCUCAUUUUUCCUCUUUAUCUUGUAAUAUAUGUACCUGUUUUUCUUGUGUAUGAAAUAUAUCUGCAGGUUUGCAAAA